AUGGUGAAAAUCACCAGCUACACUCCAGCUUGGCUGAACGAGCCGGCUCUUGGUCAUAGUUUAUUCGCACCCCCGGAGCUCGACCCUAGGAGGAGUUCUUACGCGCCCAAGGGCAAGCCCAAGGCUGGACCAAGACGGACGAUAGCGCGUCGAGGCACUGAGGUGUUUGUCGCCAACGGUCGAGAAAUCAGAUGGGGCGAUCUCGUGUACCUCAAGGAACACCACCAGUCGAGGCAAACCCGGGGUGGUGUGCGCAUCAAACGGGAAGACUCCAAAGGCUCCGGUUCUUUCGCAAUACACGAGGAUGAUGGACCCAACGCCGGCAUUGGAUCCUCUGGCCAUGCUCAGGGCAUACGCACAAUCAAGACGCCGGUAGCAGACGACAUCAGGCAACUCAUCAUAUCUCCACACUCAAACUAUCUCGCAGUGCUAACGGCACAUACGGUCCAUGUAUGCCUGCUACCGGAUCCUUCACACCUGACAGCAGAAGAUAGUGGCCCUCUCAAGGCCAAGUUUUGGACCCUAGGGCCUACUACGCAUGUGACAUCCAAAUCGGCCAUCGCUUCGGCCCUCUGGCAUCCACUCGGUGUUAGUGGCUCAUGUCUGGUCACCGUCACUGACGAUUCCAUCGUUCGGGUGUGGGAAAUAUCUGCCGCCGAUCGGUGGUCGUUCGACUCGCCCACCCUCGCCAUCGAUCUGAGGAAGCUCGCGGAUGGCACCUCGCUCGACCAGGACUUCAGCGCAUCGAUCGGGGCGAUGAACCAGGGAUUCUCGCCUGACUCGUUCGACAUGGAAGUGGCAGCCGCCUGCUUCGGCGGCCGCGGAUCUGGCUCGUGGUCAUCAAUGACAUUGUGGGUCGCCAUGCGUGGAGGCGACGUCUACGCCUUGUGCCCGCUGCUUCCUCAGAAGUGGGCACCGCCGCCUAACCUGAUCCCAUCGCUCUCGGUUUCGGUCGUCGCGAAGGUCGCCGCUAUUGAGGAUGACCCGACCGUAUCGGUUUCGGAGAAGCAACUAGCACAGCAACAGCUAGAGUGGAUGUCAGAUCUCGAUAGCCAGGAACCACGGAUUAUCGAGGCCUCUGUUACUGAGCCGGCCUCGGAGAUCUACACCAGACCUGCAAAGCCUGGAGCCAUUCCCAAGUUACAGGGACCCUUUGAUCUUGAUUUGGAAGCUCUGGGUGACGACGAUCUAGAUCUGGAACUGACAGAUAUUUUUGUCAUUGGGGAGAAGGGCGACACAGGAGAUUUGAUGAUGGAACAAGAUGAGGAUGAGCUUGCCGCGGACGAUUCGGAAGGCUUGUCACUGUCUGUGAUAUGUCUCGUCUCAACAAGCGGACAACUUCGAAUUUGUUUGGAUCUCGACGGUGUUCAGGCGCAGUGGCUUCCACCGUCAAAAUCCAAAGUGGCCAGAUUCGGCGCAACUAUAGAUCCUCCUUCGCUUCUUACAUUUCAGACGAUGGACGUUAUGCGACCUAUGGAAGUUAGCUCCGACGCAUGGCCCAUGUUCAGCGAAGAUGUUACAUCGCGAUACUCAUUUUACAUUACACAUCCGGCCGGCAUCACGCUGGUGUCCCUAGCACCUUGGGUCUUCCGUCUGGAGAGUGAGCUCCAGGGCGACUCGGUGGCCGGUGCAGACUUCCGGAUAGAUCUUCUAGUCAAAGGACAGUCAUCCACCAGGGACCGGGUUUACACUCACAAAGGGGGCCCGCUAGCAGCUUGCGUUGCCAUCAACGAUCCAGACCUGGGUCACUUUGUACUGAGUGGCACGCCUCAGGCUGCCGUUGCACUAACACUGGACACUCCCGAAGACGAGUUUGGGCCUGCCGUCCGGGCGCCGAGCCCGACGUUCGCCCACGAGGAAGAUAUCAAGCCGUUGGUCAUCUGCGAACCGCGGCCGACUUUCCAACCGCCCGACACCCUUGGGGAGCAGAAUGAGCUCUCGGACUUUGUCAAGCUCGCGAGGUCGAGCAAGUACCAGGCGGCGCUGACGCAGCAAGAGAUCAGGCUGUCGCCGGCGAUCCUUACGUUGCUCACCAACGCGCACCAGCACGUGGAUGCGCAGACGGAGCGGAUCAAUCAGGCGGUGAGCGAGCUGUUUAGAAGGCUGCAGCAGCUGCCGGCGGAACUACACGAGCAGGUACUCAAGAUGAACAUGCUCAAGGGCAAGAUCGAUAAGAUUGCGGGCGAAGACGACGUGGACUCUGAAACGGGCGAGCGCAUACCGGACGACGUGCGACUGAGGAGACGACUGGAGGAUGUCAGGGAGCGCCAGAAGGCACUGGCGGAACGCAUGGAUAGGCUGAAGAGGCAGACAAGCCGGGCGCACAGCCGUGAGCUGAGCGAUAAGGAGAAGGCGUGGAUAGAGGAAGUCAAGGCGCUCGAGGCGAGCGUGCUAGGAAGCUGGUCCGACGUGGUGGCUACCAGCGGGGAGGAGCAGCAGCAGCAGCAGCAGAGGACGGGGGCAAAGAUCAGGCAAUACCGGCAGCGGUUCGAGGAGGUCACGCGACUCAAGGAGGAGCUGGUCAGGCAGGCUCAGGCGCUGGGUCAGCAGCAACAACAGGGCCAGAACCAGCAGAGGAAGGCAUCUCCGGCCGGGGACGGAGGCAGGGCGGAGCCGGGAUCGCCAUCAACACCUAACAUGAAGGUACCGGCCGAGGUGCGCAAGGCCAAGAUUGGGCAGGUGAUGCAGCUCCUGGAGAGGGAGACGGCGUUGGUCGAGGCUGUUAAGUCAAGAUUGGAGAAGCUGUCAUGUCAGUAA